AUGGCCGCUGGGUGUAGUUGUUCCCUGGCUCUAUUAAGGCCUCAAGAUGUUGUGCGUGAAGACAAUUCUCGUGCUGCCGUUGAGCGUAAGCCACACGUCUGGGGGGAGCUUAAGGCUGUCAUAAAUGUCUUCAAAGACUGGAGAGUCAUCUCGCUUAUCCCAUUUUGGAUUACAGCAAAUUAUGCCUACAACUACCAGCAGAACACCUACAAUGCUAAACUAUUCACAAUCCGCACGCGAAGCUUUAAUGGGGCAAUGUACUGGCUUGCUCAGAUGUUCUCAAGUUAUCUAUUCGGCCUAUUCCUUGACAACAAGUAUAUGAAUCGACGGCAGCGCGGCCUUUGGGGCUUCGCCAUCACUGCUGUUAUAUCAAUGAUUGUCUGGGCUGGGGGUCUUGCUGCACAACUUCGACGUGCUCCUAACAGUGAUUAUUACGCUCUAAAUGAUAUGGACUUGGUUUCUUCGGGAGCCAAAUUUGCAGGUCCAUUUCUUCUAUACUUUUUUUACGGUUGCUUCGAUGCUAUAUGGCAGACCUUGGUCUACUGGACUAUUGGGUAUCUGUCCCACGAGUCUCCAGAGCAAGCGGCGCGGUAUGUAGGUGCCUUCAAAUGCAUGGAAGCCGUUGGAGGAGCUAUUGCGUCAAAAGUCAACUCGGAUAAGACGAACUACAACAUAGAGUUUGCAGUCGAUUGGUCGAUUGUUGUCUUCUCGCUUCUCUGGGCCAUUCCAUUCGCAUGGAAGAUACGUGACCUCCCCGCACAUGCUGGUCAGGAGACUGAAUACGUCAAAGAACAGAGAGAGGAAGGAAGUAAUCCAUGA